AUGGUACCCGGCGAUCAGCGUCGCGCAGACGACGACAGCGACGACGCUGCGACGCCACUGUGGCUGCUGGAGGUGUCGCCGGACCACGAGAGCAGUCGCAGCACGCUCAGUGUCGCCCUGGCUGACGUGGACAGAUUUCAGCGAGCCAAUGACGGCGAGACACCUGUCAUCGUCCUCGUCUCCGUCGUCAUCGAGCCGGGGCGAUCCAAACCCGCGGAGCGCAAGGAGCGGGCGCGGAACGGCGCAACGGAGGAUCUGAUUCUGCGCAGCGUCGUGCGGCCGAUGCAGGCCAUCGCGGAGAGCAGAAAGGUGGCAGCAGAGGCGCACAUGGAGCGCGGGGAGAGCAGGGAGGCGGGCCUCUGCGCGGCUGUGGCGCACCUGCAGGCGCAGAGGCUGUACAUUGGUGUGAAGAGGAAGCUUCUGUGGGGUGGCGAUUCAUCAGUGGUGCAUUACUGUGAGGCCCACCUGCCCCAGGGAUGCCUGCUCGUGCUCACACAGGGCGGUAAGCGAGUCAAGGAGCUUAUAGCGGGAGGUCGCAGGAUUCGCUCCAAAACGCACUUGGAGCAGCAGCAGCAGCAGCAGCAACGGGAGAGCCAGAAUUUUCACCAGCAGCAGCAGCAUGAGCAGCAGCAGCAGCAGCAGCAGCAGCAGCAGCAGCAGCAGCAGCAGCAGCAGCAGCAGCAGCAGCAGCAGCAGCAGCAGCAGCAGCAGCAGCAGCAGCAGCAGCAGCAGCAGCAGCAGCAGCAGCAGCAGCAGCAGCAGCAGCAGCAGCAGCAGCAGCAGCAGCAGCAGCAGAAGCAGCAGCAGCAGAACGGAGGUUACUACGAGGACUUUGAGCAGCAGUUGCGUGAGGAGGAGCAUUCAGCAGACGAGGAGGAGGAGGAGGAGCAAUCGGAACUAAAGCGCAGCAUCAGUGCCGGGAACGAGCUGCGGAACCGACGGUAUCGACCCGGCAUGUACAGCAGCAACGGUGGCAUCGGUGGCGGCGGCAGCGGAGGGAGAAGCGCGGAAAGAAGCCCGGCAGGAGGGGCAAAGGGAGGAGGAGGAGGGAGGAGAUCUCGCAAGCAGAGCAGCAGCUUUUCCGAGUCUGAAGACGAAACACCGCUUGUCCGAACCAGCACCGGAGGCUUGGAGACACACCGCACGCCCUACCACCUCAACAUACUGGGUCCGGGAAAGCGGGCAGCUUCGGUUUCAGGCUCGGCAACCGGACCAGCUGAAGAUCCAGACGACCCGAUCCAAGCCAGGGGCGCCAAGCCUCCUCCCAGACCUCCCCGAGGCUCGGGACGAGGUUUGGAACUGGAGGACGGAGAGUAUGACGGGGAGGAUGGGGAGCACUCCCCUCCCAGGCCUGUCCUACGCUCCCGAACCUCCCCUUCUGGACGAACCUGGGGAGCAGGCGAGAUGGAUGGAGCCACAGCAGCAACAGCAGCAGCAGGCAGACCACCCAGCUUUGGUGCUGGCAGUGCUGGUGGUGCUGGCACCGGUGGUAGUGGUGGCGGCUAUAGUUUCGGUGUGCCGUCGCCCUCUGCUGCCUCGUCUGGGCGUGUUAUUGCUGCUGCUGCUAUUUCUAACCCCUCGACCACUCCUCUCCCUCUCUCCUCCCUCCCCUUUCACUUCUCUCCCAAGCUCCUCAUUCCCUCGCCCUUCGUGUCCGGUUCCGGUGUGCUUAUCACGGAGGGUGAUAAUAAGAAUGGUGACUAUAACGAGGAGCCCAGGCCUGGAACGCCGAGGGGAGAGACGGAGAAAGAGGCCCGGUUGCUGGGAGCGUCUAGGUUCGGCCCGACCCAGGGGAUGGAGGCUCGGCAGGGGGAGAGGGGCCGGCACAGUAGGGGAAUGUCUUGGGCUGGUCCGGAGGGCCUGGGGGGAGGGGGCGGGAGUGGGGGUUUUAGACUGUCACCUGGUGGAGGGGAUGGUGGGGGUGACAGUGGGGGUGUAUGUGAUGGUGUGGGUGGGGGGGGAGAAGGGGCAGGGGGCGCAGCAGGGGGCGCAGCUGGGGGAGCAGCGGGGGGAGCAGCAGCGGGGGCAGGUACAGCAGGGGGAGGCGGGACUGCCAGGCUGGGUCAGGCGACUGAUUUGUCCUCGCGCCCCCGCCGCACUGUGCCGAAACAUUUCCGGGCAGGUAGCUGGGAUCCGGGCAGGUUGGGCCUGAGUGAGGAGCCGUUUCUGGAGAGUGUGAGAGGAGGAGGGGCGGCAGGGGCAGGGAAAGGGGCAGGCGGGAAAGGGGGAGGAGGGGGAGGGAAAGGGGGGGGGAGCAGCACUCCCCCCUUGCCACCGGAAGGGGCAGCAGGCGGAGGGAAAGGAGGAGGAAGCUUCCGAAAGGGCAUGCUGCGCAGGAAAGGGAGUGGGCAGUGGGGGGAGGGGCUUGGCGGGUGGAUGGGCGGAGGGGGAGGAGGGGGAGGAGGGGCGGGUGUGGGAGCGGGAGCGGGAGCAGGGAGAAGAAGCGGAGGUGAGGGGAGAGUUGGGGCGGACAGGGUUGAGGGGAAUGGGGAGAGGGAUUAUGAUGAGGAAGAGGAAGAAGGCAGCAUGGAGGGAGGAGCGCCGUUGCGUCGUGCUCUCUCCUCCACCUCCCCAGGCCUCUCCUCCUCUAUGGAUGCUCAUGCAGGCUUCGCUUCAGGCUUGCUCACUAGUUUCCCCACCACUGGCUCGCCGGACCUGCCAGGCUCGGGGUCUGGACGUGGCGGCGUUGCUCCUUCGACUCCACCUCCUCCUGCUCCUCCACCUGCUCCCUUCGACUCCACUGAGCUUGUUCGCAAGGUCACUGCUCGAGUCGAGCCCGCCUCACAAAUCUUCUCCUCCCCGCUUCCUGUCCUGUCCCGCUACACCCAGCCCAAAGCAGCAACCACCAAUGAUGAUGGUGAUGAUGCGGGAAGCGCCCCCUCCACCUCUUCCUUUGAUUCCACGGAGUUUGUCCGCAAGGUCACAGAGCGUGCCCGCCUAGCUGCCAGGCUCCUCCUUUCACUCCCCAUCCGACCUCUUCCCAACCCCGCCUUCCCCUCUCUCCCCCCACCCCCCCUGCAUUCCCCCCCACCCCUCAAUCCUGCUACCCCAGCCUGUUGCGGGCGACAACGAUGA